AUGAUGGACUGCCUAAAUGAAAAUGAAGCGGAGGAUCAAGGCUUGACCUUUCAACAAAAAGCUGCAGCAAAGCAUCAGAAGAUGAAGGAUGGGAAGAAAAAGGCUGUUGAAACCAAGCAAAAGAAUGAAGAAGCACGCUUGAGAAAGGCGCCCAACGAUAAUAUUCCUUCAGGGCUCACCUCAGCCAUCCACGAGUGGGCUAGAGCCCUACUGGGACUUCCUCGCCAGUCAACCUCACCCAACUCCUCUCAGAUUGAUGUUAGUAAAGUCACCCAACAUCACCUCCCAAAAACCGCCGAGGUUACUGAAGUGGAAGCGUGGAGUAAUCACAACAAGAGUCGCUCAGACUUUAUAGAGUUUGAGAUCAAUCAAAAGAUGGCUCAGAAGCUUACCACCAAUCCUAAAGCAUCUCUCACCUACAAAGCGGAGCUCAAGAAAGCAAUCACCAAGGAGGUAGUUGCACAAUGGGGCAAAAAGACCCCUCCUGGAAAAUUUAUCUCUAGGGUUGCUCAAACCACUGCUUCUAUUCAGAGUUAUGAAAGAACUAGACUAGCUAUAGCUGAAGCUUCUUUGGCUUCUGCUGGCUUCCCAAGGUGUACACUUCAAUGGACCAAUGCGAUUAACACUCCUUGGAACUCUGCCAUGCUCAACACUCUGUUGAACUCUUGGCUGGAGUGUUAUUAUUCCAAAGGUGUCCCUUCUUGCUAUGAUAUACCAGAAUCCGACGAAACACCAAAGCUUGCAAAAGAAAUCCUCACCAAGUGGCUUACUCACAAACGUGCUAGAUAUAAUCAGGAGGAAAAAGACAAAACUCUUCUAGCAACUCCUGAAGGAGCUCGAAAAUACGUGAAAAAGGUAGUAGAAACGAAGGAAAGGAGAGCCAUGAAGGCCUUAAGGAAACAACUUGCUGAAACCCGUACAGAAGCCCUUGCGAAACACAUCACGGACUUCACGGCGACCCACAAACUCCUCCUAGUAAUGGACAAAGUGCAUUCAGAGACUGAGUCCGUCCCCGCCACUAAAGAGAAGCCCGCACAUCGAAGACGGAUCAAGCUGGCCUGGAGAACUGCAGAGCUGGACAAAUUGAUUUUUCUUGCUGACAAAAUGGCCAAAAAGAAGAAAGACUUAACCCAGGCCCAGAAAACCAAUGUCACUCGGGCUCAGGCAGCCAGGAAGGAAUACUCUACUGCUACAGUCGACCCAGAAGCCCAACUUCCACCCAAGGGAUUCCCAAAGUGUUUGAUCAGGGAAGAAUAUUUGCAUGAGCUUGGGGAGCUGGAAGUUGAAGCCCUGGAGUUGUCUGAAGAUCACAUUGAGCUCAAUACUCUCAAUGAGCAUCUGAUGAAAAAGCUUGGAAACAAGAGCAGGAUGGCAGUUUUAACUUAA